AUGGCCCUUGAUCAGGGAUCCGGCGCCAUUGCGGGCUCGCCUGAGAGCUCUGGCCGGGAUUCUCCCAUACCGCGUCAAUGGAGAAACCAACUUGGAGGAGAGGAGGUCCCGAGCAAGGACAAGGCUUACCGAAGAUAUGCUGCUGGUGUCGAGAAGACGCUUUCACUGUUUGAAACCGCCCUCGAAGAGUGGGCAGACUACAUUUCCUUCCUGAACAAGCUGCUCAAGUCGCUUCAAGCUCGACCACCAUCCUUCCACUCUGUCCCGGCCAAGGCCCUCGUUGCGAAACGUCUUUCGCAAUGUCUCAAUCCCGCUCUGCCAUCGGGCGUACACCAAAAGGCCCUCGAGCUUUACAGCUAUAUAUUUACCACGAUAGGCACCGAAGGCCUGUCUCGGGACCUGCCUCUGUACCUUCCCGGCCUCGCGCCUACACUGUCGUUCGCUUCGCUCUCUGUCCGAUCGCCGUACCUGGACCUCCUGGAGACACACUUCCUUGACCUCGACGCCAGAUCGCUCCGGCCAGCCAUGAAAGCUAUUAUACUUGCCUUGCUUCCUGGGCUAGAAGAUGAAACAAGUGAGGACUUUGGCAGAACGUUGCAUCUGGUGGCACGGUUCAAGGAGGCCAUACGGCCUCAUGAAAGUCGGAAGAUGGGAGAGCACCACGCCUCCGGAGACGAUUUCUUCUGGCAGUGUUUCUUCCUAGCUGCCAUAACUAGCCAUGGCCGCAGGUCUGGAGCUUUGGCUUAUCUUAUGCGCUGCCUUCCCAACCUUGGACCGACUGCAUCCUCCGGGCCCGGCGAGGACGACAAUACGAGGAACCUGCACACCAUCGUGACGUCACCCGAGCCCGGCUUACUAGUACGAUGCUUUGCAAGUGGCUUAGGCGACGAGCAGCUGUUGAUCCAACGCGGCUUUCUCGACUUGCUCGUGUCGCAUUUGCCUCUGAAUUCGGACGUCCUGCAGGUUCGGGUAAAGCCAGCGGAUCUGGACCUGCUCGUGAAAGCGGCAGUUGGUGUAGUGAUCAGACGAGACAUGAGUCUGAAUCGACGCCUCUGGGCAUGGCUAGUAGGCCCCGAACCGACUGCUCAAGAGGGCGAGCAUAAUGAGCAAAGCCAUGGCUACCUGUCCUCGAGAACGACCUACUUUGAAGACUAUGGGCUGCAGCCCCUCACGAGAGCGCUGCUCCAGAUGAUUCAGGGCGCUUCUCGUGGCAGCAGUGCUGAGCGAGCCCGUCCGUACAGGAUUUGUCUCUCUCUCAUGGAUAGGUGGGAGAUUGGCGGCCUUGUAGUACCUGAAAUCUUCAUGCCGGUUGUUGAUAGUGUCCGAAAAUUCCAGUCCCUGGCCGCCAGCAAAUCCGAUUUCGAAGAAGUUCUCCGUAGCGCUAGCGUUUUCUUCGAUGGUAUCGAAAGCGGUCUGAUUUACAGCGAGAUUGUUGGCUUAUUGGCACAGGCAAUCGGACCGGGAAGCUUUGCUGCAAGUGAUCGCAUGGACAAGCUUGCGUUGGUCAACUUCAUUGUGUCCAACUUUAAUGUUCGUGAAGAAGAGAUGGUGACAAUCCACGCGCCACUGACAUGUUUAGCGGCGUUGCUCAUGCUGGAGGACUCCAAGAACCGCAGAACGAAGGCAGCGCUGACCGAUAUCGAGUCUGGGAAACUGUGUGACCAAGUCCUUGGCAUCGUUGUUUCACUCUUGGAACUUGUUCCUGAACGAGCAUUCCCUCAGCGACCUGAGGAAAACGGUGAUCAAAAAGACGGAACAGCUCUACCAUCGCCUUCUAAUGUUGAGCUCGUGAAGAAGAUCAAGACGUUUUAUGUGCAUGAACAGGGCAACUUGGAGUCAUCCGAACCCCCACUUGCUGCUGUACAAUCAGGUGAAUUACUGUUGGAGAAGGCCGUCAUGUAUAUUUGCGAUGACGCGAAGGAAGCGUCUGUGGACGACAUUACAACUCGUGUACGAAUAUUGACUCUAGUCCUUUCCAAGACGCCUGCAAACUACCACUUCGACGCACGACAGCUUGUGUCAUACUUGCAUGGCAACCUAAGCAAGACACAACCUCUAUUGUUCUCUCACUUCUCGGCAAUGGUAGCUCUAUCAACGCAGCUAUAUGCCGCAAGAAGGAUUCAAGACAAGGAGUUUUCUGAUCUAGUAAGGCCAUUAGUUCGUCAUGCCUGGUCCUACUUGUCGGCAUCUGAACCCAAAUAUCACGUCGAAACCGUGCGUUGCUUGUGGCAGCUGCAGACGGCUCUUACACUAUCAGGUCGUGACAUUGAGGCCGCAAUUUCCGAAAUUCUGACAAAGCCGAUGGAAGAUCCAGACGAGCCUGCUCGUUCCGCUGAUAAUGGACGAACUUUCGGUGUACUGUGGUCGCAUAGCCUUCAAGAUGCGUCCCCUGAGCGUAGAGGCUCCAAGGGCCAGACACUGGAUCAGCGACAAGUACCACGGCUCUCUGGCACCGAUCACUACCAGGUUAUGCUCACACAACCGGUGUUUUUGGUCUUGGAUGCACUUUUGGAUGUAAGGACUCAAACGUACAUGGUUGUCAAAUCAUGGCUGAAUAGUAUGAUUGGAAUCGACAGGCUGUUUUUGAUAUUUGCGAUGAAGAUGGCCCAACUGCCAUUUCUCAACCAUGUCACCUCCCACCAUGCAAACGAGAAAGUCAACUCUCAGCCAAUCAAGUUCACGGAAGAUGAUGAUUUCGAUUUGUGUGUAUACUACCUACGAACGCUGUACAAUGUCCUCAGAGCUUCUGGUGAUAUGUCUAGAGCGGUACUGGCAUCUAAAUACGUCUCAUUCAGUGACGGUUCAGCCCACAUCAGAGCGGGAGCGGAGGGAGACGAAAUGACACUUCAGGACUUCUUCGUUCGCGUGUGUAUGAUUUGCGUUGUGGGUGAGCAGCCGUCAUCUGCCAGUCCCGAGUUAGGCCAACGGGUAUCGCAGUUGCAUCGAUUUGCACUCACAGUUCUCCACGAGUUUCUACUAAGCCGAUAUGCUACUCCCCUGUCUAGCCUUGAACUGGAUCAGAUUCUUGUUGACAAACUCGCGAAAUCCAUCAACACUCCUGACCCCUACGUCCAAGUACUGUUUCUCGAUGUUGUAUAUGACAGCGUCAAGCUCAGGCAGACGGAGGUACAAGAGGCACAAUCAGCUGAGGUCUCGGAGAAACGACCGACCAGUGCGGAUAAUUCCAGAAUGAGACACUCAUCGGUGUCAUCGAGUGAAAGGCGACCAAUAGGUCCACCAAUGCCUUCGGCUUUACUGAAAUGCUUACAAGCCGGACUAAGCUCGCCCAAUAGCCAGUGCGUGCUGGAUAGUUGGGUGGUAUUCCUCAGCCAAAUCGUUGUCCUCUAUUCUCAUAGCAUUUUUCAAACCGUAAUUCCACUGGUCGAGACGCUCUGCAAGCACAUAGGAUCGACGUUUGCCGGCCUCCGCGACACUUUCCUGAGUGGAACAUCUGCAACCAUCACAACAGAGAACACGCCGGAGUCAACAUUGAUAUACUUGCUCAAUGGCCUGGAACAGGUCCUUGCGUUGGCGCAUGAUCAGCUCCUGGCUGAGGAAGCCCGGGCCCAGUUGAUAAAGGGGCCAGAGCAACCAUCAUCGCUAUUCGGAAGUAUGGUUUCUGGCGUUUUCCAGUCAGAAGGGCCCCAAUCCCGAAGCGCCACGGCCAAUGAUCGCCUAACCGUCCAUCUUGCCUUUCAAGAUGCGAUGCGCAUAUGUUAUGCGAUAUGGUCUUGGGGUCAAGGCGAUGACUCCAAGAAGCAGGAUGCCGGAUCCUCAGCAUCUUUUAGCUACACAUCUUUGCGCAUGAGAAACCGUGCUCGCAGAUUAAUGGAACAUCUUUUCAGCGCGGAGAUUUUAGAAUGUCUAGAGACCAUCAUCGACAUCUGGCGAUCUUCAGGCAGCGGGAGCGAGCGGACGCAAAUCUUUCACUUUCUCUCCUCUCUUGAUGCGUGCCGACCGAAGCACUCCAUGCCAGCACUUUUCAAUGCAAUAUACAGCCGAACGAACCCCGGUGCCUUGGAUCCAGCGCGAAAAUCCACACUCACGAUUUCCCUACAAGAUUCUGACCUCGUUGCUUUUCUUGUCGAAUACAGCAGGUCUUUGGAGGAUGACGCCAUGGACGAGAUAUGGCAGGACUGCAUGAUUUUUCUCAAGGAUCUUCUUGGCAAUCCAUUCCCGCAUCGCCAAACGCUGCCCAGUCUUGUUGACUUUGCGGCUAUCCUGGGCGAAAAGGUGGACAAUACCAACUUUGGAGAGCAGAAACGGAUGCGUCGAGAGCUGGGAGACAUCUUCCUGCGACUGCUAGCUGCUCUGUUCACAACCCGACCUUUAACGUUUACGGAGGCUGGCAGCCUCACCAACGCCAGCCUUGAAAAGGGCAGGGCGGAUGGUUCGCGGAAACAAGGGCCGACUGGCAAUGGGCCCGACGACAUCGUCUCGGUAAUGGCAUCUGUCGUACCAAACUUAUCCAAGAUCCUUGUUGAGCCUGACCGGGUUCUUUCGGCUGCCGGCACCAUCUCGACCAACGUGGUUGGACCGACAUUGCGUUCCAAGUCAUUCCCAGAAACCGUGACGCGCCAUACUUUGAGGCUUCUUCACGAGCUGUCACGAUUGCAGAACAACCAGAAGACGUGGAAGAGGGACGUUGGGGACGCAUUCAACGACAACCGCUUCUUUGGGAUGAGUCUCGAUCUGGUAAAGGACGGAUGGCUACCUUUGCUGAAGCAGUGGGUUCUUACAGACAAGGAGCGGAUGCCAGAAAUCGUGAGUCGCAUCAGCGCGCCGACUACGGCAGGCAUAGUCUUCGGCGUGGGUGCCACUUCGGCGAGACUAGAGGCAGACAGGAAGACACAGCUCAACCUGCGACGGAUUGCAACGCUGGUCCUGGCCGCGGCGGACGACGGCUUCGUUGCCGAGCUCCCGGCCAUCCUCGACAAACUGGUCGAACUACUGUCGGCCACGUCGACGUCGUCUCCGUCAUCGACAACCCGCGCCGACGUGUACCUGGUGAUGCGGGCGCUGGCCCUCAAAACCAGCCCCGUCCACCUCGCCAUGCUGUGGCCCGUCGUCAACGCCGAGAUGCACGCCGCCAUGUCGUCCGUCGUCGCGCCGGACCACAGCGCCGCAUCGGACGUGUACGUCAACACGGGCGUUCUGCAGGCGUGCAAGCUCCUCGACCUGCUCGUCUGCGCCGCCCCAGACGACUUCCAACUGCACGAGUGGCUCUUCAUCACCGACACGAUAGAGGCAGUCCACCGCUCGUCGACGUACCAGCCCGUGGCGCUCGUGGACGAGCUCUCCGAGGAACUGGGCAACUUGGGCACCCACGACGCACCGCAGACGGACACGGAGGAGGAAGCCCACGGGGCGGCGACGGGUCCGCACCGACGGCCGCUCCUCGGGCCCGGCGGGAUCAGCGACGACGUGAGCCUGGAGAGAAAGGACGAGCUGGUGGCCAAGGUACUGCGCCCGUUCUUCGGACAGCUGAGCAUCUACGCGUUCGAGUCCACGUACGCCAUGGGCGCCGUGGACAGAGAGGCCUGCACCGAGGCGCUGUUGAAGGACGUGUUCGACGAGAGGACCAUGGUCAGGGCCCUGUGA